AUGGCCUCAGGUUAUCAAUACAAUGACAAUUCCUUCUUGAACCCCGGACCUGCCCCGCGUCCACCUCAGGGCCGUCCUCCUGUCGCGAGCUCUGCUGCGUCUAUAGCCUCCACAAUCCAUCACCCUCACCACUCCACCGUGUCAACCAUCAACUCCCCAUCUCCAUACGGGUCUAACAUGAGUCUGGUCAACACAAACACCAGUCAAAUUAUUGCUAACAACGGGACUCAGAUGUCGUACGCAGAUGGAAAGAUUCACGAAGGAUGGGCUUCCAUUAAGGAGGAUGGUUUGAAGUCCCUCUACUGGACAAAGAAGUACCUAAUUCUGCGCGAGAUUUCGCUGGAUUUCCACAAGAAUGAGUCGUCAACGUCCAUGUCUCUCUCUAUCCCCCUGAAGGACAUCAUCUCUGUCAACCGCACAGACUUGAAGCCCUACUGCUUUGAGGUUGUUCGCACAUCCUCAUCACAACAGGGAAAUACCAUCUCCCCCGAUGCGCCUCGACGCACCGUGUUUGUCUCCGUCAAGUCAGACCAGGACCUCUAUGCCUGGAUUGACGAGGUGUACUCUCGGUGCCCGUCCAUGGGUGGUGUAUCCAACCCCACAAAUUUCACUCACAAGGUACAUGUCGGCUUUGAUCCCAUCAGCGGGGGUUUCACAGGUCUUCCCGAAGAGUGGAGUAAGCUGUUGAACUCCAGCGCCAUCACAAAGGAGGACUACCAGAAGAACCCGCAGGCUGUCAUCGAGGUGUUGGAGUUCUACACCGAGGGCCAGCAGCGCAUGAAUGAGGAGGGUGGAUUUGCCGGAAUGCCACCGCCGCAGGGGCUCAAUGCGACACAGCAGCGGCAAUUGGCUGGGUUGGCCAACCAACAGCAAGAAGAGCGUGAACGUGAGCAGUGGGAGCUGGAGCGUGAACGUGAUGCGUAUAGAGAACAGGAGUACGAGAAGUCUCAGCGCGAACAGCAGGCACAGCGUGAAAAACAAGAGCGGGAACGCCGCCAGAUUGAGCGCGAGAACGAGCAGCGUGAACAGGAAGAACGUCAAAGAGAGGAAGACCUGUUCAACCAGUCCAGUCAUCAACAGGAUGAUUACGAGGAGGAUGAUUACCCUCAAAAGGUUAGCACAGCUCAGCAGCCGAUCAUGAUGACUGGAGGUGGUGGAGGCUUGUCUUCUCAAGGGCGUUAUAACCCAAUGGCUCCCAAGACUUCCGGCUCUCAGCGAACAGCUACAAAGGGAGCGAAUGGCCGGGAUAUGGAUCCCAGAAGGCCUGCUCCUUCUGCUCCUGGUGGAACUCUUCCCAGACCAACUCAUGGCUCUCAGAGAACACCUGGUGGUCAAACCACCCUACGUACUCCUCCGUCAAGGCCGGACCAGAAGACUCCGUCAAGGGAACCUAGCCCAGCUGCUGGAGCUCGUGGCCCGACUCCUGUCAAUACCAAGCAGACAACGCUUCAGUCUUCAAACCAGGCUUCACGCAUCCCAGCUCCUACAACCCCGACUGUCAAGCCACUCAAUGUCCCAACAAAGCCGGCAAAUGCGGCAAAGGAGGUCAUUACAAAGCAGGAACGCAAGGAAAACCAGAGGCGUGUUUCGGGCAUGACCGAAGCCCAGGUUAUGGAGAAGCUGCGCUCUGUUGUAUCACCCGGAGACCCCAAUCAAUCAUACACAAAGCUCAAGAAAGUUGGUCAGGGAGCUUCUGGAUCCGUUUAUGUUGCCAAGAUCAACACAUCGCCAGCUUCUGCCAUGGCCGCAUCUAUGCUUUCAAGCUCUGGAAAGAAUAGUGCUAGAGUGGCUAUUAAGCAGAUGGAUCUCGCACACCAACCAAGGAAGGAGUUGAUCGUCAACGAGAUCUUGGUCAUGAAGGAGAGUCAGCACCCGAACAUUGUCAACUUCUUGGACGCCUUCCUCAAGGGGAACAGCGAGCUUUGGGUUGUUAUGGAAUAUAUGGAGGGAGGUGCACUUACAGAUGUCAUUGAGGCCAACACUCUUGAGGAAGAUCAGAUUGCCACUAUCUGCUUCGAGACUUGCAAGGGAUUGGAACAUUUGCACGCCCAGAACAUCAUCCACAGAGAUAUUAAGAGUGACAACGUCCUAUUGGAUGCCCAUGGUCACGUGAAGAUUACCGAUUUCGGGUUUUGCGCCAAGCUCACCGAACAAAAAUCCAAGCGUGCCACCAUGGUCGGUACCCCGUACUGGAUGGCACCUGAAGUCGUCAAGCAGAAGGAGUACGACGCCAAGGUUGAUAUUUGGUCUCUUGGUAUCAUGGCCAUCGAGAUGAUCGAAUCCGAACCACCCUACUUGAACGAGGAGCCUCUCAAGGCCCUCUAUCUUAUUGCAACUCAUGGAACACCCACCUUGAAGAAGCCUGAGAAGUUGAGUAAGGAGCUCAAGAACUUUUUGGCUGUGUGCUUGUGUGUCGAUGUCAAGCACCGUGCCACUGCCGAGGAGCUCUUGAAGCACGACUUCCUCAGGAAGGGAUGCCCCUUGGCCAGUUUGGCAGCGUUAUUGGCCUCUAAACAGAAAAAUUAA